UUCUGACAGAUGAUUGUUUGUCGCAGUAAUUAUUAAUAAACAUAUGAAAAAAAAUGUUACGCGAAUUUUAAUUGUAUGUUUUAAUUGAUAUGAGUAAGCCGGGCAUGAGAGUUGUUUGUUAAUAGCAUCACAUUUCGUAUUUAAGUUAUUGCAUAGUAUAGUUAUUAUUGUGAUCGAUGAUGUAAGAUCAUUGAAGGUCUGGGGGCGCGUUUCAUUGUUCAUUCGAUUUUUCCUGUAUACGCUAUGGAAGGCAAUAGUUGUGGAAUCGGUAAUCAUGAGAAAGAAGAAAAUGAAAGUAGCUCUCAUUCUUCACCACAAGAACAUAAAUCUUUUGCAGAAUUUGCGAAAGAUAAAUUGGACAGUGCCGGUCGAGAACUACGCAGACGUCUACCGAUGGCUGGACAACUGGGUGCUCAUUUAAUACAUCCGAGGCGACUUUUACUGCACUCCACUCCAACACAGCAGACUGAUGUUGUGCUCAUAUUUCCUAAAGGUCUUCCAGAUAGUAUGCUUCUUUGGCUGUUGCAAAAACUGCGUGGAAGUCGACCUCGAUUGCGCGUUUGCGUUCGUCAACACGCUUCCUCACAAUGCUCCGCUUUUUAUAUCACGGCUGAUGACGAUGUGCUUCUACAAACAGCCGAAGAGGUCCAUUUACCAAAAUUGCUAAAACCAGAAUUCGGAGGUGGUUACAAGGAGUUCACUGUUCGGGAUAUGCACUGUUUUCAAAAGGGUACAUCAGCAGCGGAACUUCUAAACUCUCAAGAGCGAGGGGCGUUAGUGAAACACGUAUUGGAGUCAGCAAGGGCUGAGCCAGGAGAUGAGCACGCUCUAGAACCCGCACUAACUCUACGGCCCGGACAGAGCAUAGUACCAGCGUGCGUAAGUCGAGGCGUUGUCGCCGGAAUGUUUCCUCUCCACGAGCGAACCGCUCUAGAAAAUCUGCGAAAGAAAUGGGUUAAGACAUUAUUCUCUCCUCAGCCGUUGGAUGAAAUUAGCGAAUACUUUGGAGUUAAGAUAGCGAUGUAUUUCGCCUGGCUCGGACAUUACACGCAGUCGCUUACAGUGCCAGCGGCUGUUGGAUUUAUAUUCUGGGUUUGGUUGGGAACAGCGAACGACUACUGGAAGGACAUAGCAUACGUUCUGUUUUCGUUGUUCAACGUUCUGUGGGCCUGCGUCUAUUUGGAGACUUGGAAAAGAUACUCAAACGUUUUGGCAUACAGAUGGGGGACGUUAGAUCAAAGAGAUGAGCUGUUGGUUGAACCGCGACCGUUAUUUCAGGGCGAGAUGGGUAUAAGUGAGGUGACCGGGCGCCCGGAGCCUCAGUACGCGGCGUGGCGCCGGCGCGUGUGGCGGCACGCGGUGUCGCUGCCGCUCAUGCUGCUGUGCCUCGCCGUGGCGGGGCUCGCGACCUUCGCGCUGCUGCGCACGCAGGACUGGUGGGAAGAUACGAUAUUUUAUUUCAGUUGGAUACCACGUGCUUUCCUGGCGAUACUAAUCGCAGUCGAGGAAGAAGUGUACGCACGGAUCGCGAGAUGGCUCAAUGAUAAAGAGAACUAUCGGCUCGAGACAAAGUAUGAAAAUCAUCUGAUUCUGAAAAUAGCAUUGUUUCAGUUUGUGAAUUCGUUCAUGAGUUUGUUCUACAUUGCGUUCUAUCUUCAGGAUAUGGAUAAAUUAAAGGAGCAAUUAGCUGUUUUGCUCAUAACACGUCAGAUUAUCGGAAAUUUGAAAGAAUCCGCCUUACCUUAUCUUAUCGAAAAUCUGAGACUGGCCAAGAUUUGUUUUGAUGUUUUCGGAGCGUUGAGUCCAAGUAAAAUACCGACAUCAACACAAUUGAAUGAACUUUUCGAAAAGAGAACUUCCUCAUCCGGUGAGCCGCCGGAGAUGUUCAUCAACGGCGGAACUGAGAAGGAUAAAGACGAGAGAAGAGAUUCCGAAUCAAUCGUCGGGCAGAAGGUUAUACAUCAAGCCGAACUCGAGUCGCAGCUAUUUAAGUACGAGGGCACGUUCGCGGAGCACCUGGAGAUGCUGACGCAGCUGGGCCACGUGCUGCUGUUCUCGGCCGCCUUCCCGCUGGCGGCGCUGUGCGCGCUGCUCAACAACGCGUGCGAGGUGCGCGCCGACGCCUUCAAGCUGUGCCACGUGGCGCAGCGGCCCUUCGGCGAGCGCGUCAGCAGCAUCGGCAGCUGGCAGCACGCGAUGGAGGCGAUGGUAGCGGUGGCGGUGCUAGUGAAUUGCGCUCUGAUCGGUCUCUCGGGUCCCGUACACCGCUUACUGCCCGACGCUACCCCCGCACAGACCGUACUCGUCAUCGUGGCUCUUGAGCACGUAGUGUUAGUGAUAGUUCUGUGCCUGCGUAUCGCGAUACCUGAAAUACCAGGAUGGCUGGCCACAGAAAUGGCCAAGACGGAGUUCCAAAGAAGAGAGGCCAUUAAAAAUGCUCAUGCUCCGUUGUUGUCUGAAGGCACAAGUCAAGACGAUGUUCGCCUGUCUUGUCGCAACACACCGCGCACGGCGACACCGACCACGCCGAAACAAACAGAAAAACCACUUGACAAGAAGCGGAUUAAUAUUGGAAAAAUACCAGAAAUACCACCAUUCAGACCAAAAGCAGCCUCUGUAACUGAACCAGUGGUAACUACCGGCUCUCUACAAAUGCUACAGGAUGUCAGUCCAACGAAACCAAUACGACGUAAGGAAGGCACGCCAGGUGCUCCACUAUCUCUCCUCGGGGUUCGUGGACUGCGAGAUGAGCCUCUUCACAGAUCAGCUCACUGCAUCCCUCACCCUACUCAACACAGGCCUUUGGUCAACCCGACAUUACAGGAACUUUCUGGCAGUGUGAGUGCGGGUGGCUCUGAGCCGGAUUUGAACGCAGUACCAUCAGUCGCGCCGUCUAUGGAUACAAGCGCAACUUCCAGUGAAGAUGAUAAGCCUAAAGAUAAAAGCAGCCGGUCGCGCGCACGCGCGGCGCUGGUGAAGCGCGUGCGCUCGGUGGCGGUGUUCUCGCUGGGGCUGCGGCGCGCGCGCGAGGCGGCGGCGGCCGGCGCGCACGCGCCGCGCUCGCCCGAGCGCCCGCUCGCCGAGCCCGGACCGCCCGCUCCAAUGCUGGGCGGCGAACUGUCCCUCAUACCGAUCGAGCAACUGAUACAAGUAGAAGACGUCAAGCCUCGCCCGUCGACAUAAGUAUUAGUUUAAUUAUUUUAUUGUAAUCAUAUAUUUACAAUUUGAAAUUUGUUCUAAUAGGUCUGUGUAAACGCACAAAAUGAAAUAUGCGUGACGUACCAUAUUCUCAAUGAAGGAGACUCCUAAUUAAGUAUACAUUGUUUUAUGACAUUUUCAUAGUUCAAACGAUAAUUAGUUGUUAAGCGAAAAUGGCGGUAUUUUAUACUUAACUGAUUGGGCUUAUUUAAAAGUAUUAAGUAAUAAAAAAAGUCAAAAUAUACAUUUUGAAAUAUAACAAUUGUUGUAUUUAAUCAGCUUUUGAAUGAUAUCUGAUCUUUUAAGAAGUUACACUGUUGAAGAUUGUAAGUUUUUCAGUUAAAGUGAAAUCAUCGAAACGCUGUGUAUAUAAGCGCAAUAUCGGUGAUAAAAAAUACUGAACAAUAUAAAGAAAUAGGGGAAAAGAUAUGGUGUUGUGUGUACCAAAAUGAAAUUUUUAAAAUUUUUAACAUUUUGUAAGAAUUUUUCAAUGUUAUCGAUGUCUUCGUUUCAAGUGCAAUUGUUGUAUCGCAAUUUGUUUCUCGAAGCUUCCAAGUUCAAUAAGCAAUCGUAUGACAAUAAGUUGAAAUUUGUGUGUGAGAUGAAUAUCUUUUAUCUCUCUCUCUCUCCGACCAAACAACAUAUAAACUCAUAGCCGUCUUAGUGCAUGUCGGGGCCCUUGGGUACACAUAAAUUUGAGGCUCUGUUAGAAAGCAAGAAGUAGCAAAUUAUAACCAACUACAUAAUUUAACUGUCACAAAACUUACAUUAAGGAUAAACAGAAUUUCUAUAUUCUGUAAAAUGACCGCUAUCUUUUAGGAUCAAGUUUUAAUUUUUACUCGAAUUAUAGGUUAGCACUGACUGUAAAUAAAGUAAAUUUAGUCAGCCAUCCGGGCCUGUAUAAACUCAAUCUUAUAAACUACAAAAUUGAACACAACUUUUCUCUUUCUUUCGAAAUAUUUUUCUUUAUCAAUUACCAAUAACAAGUUGAUUUUUUUAACAAAAGUUGCAGUAGAAUAGGUUGAAAGAUGUUACGAGACAUUUUUUCGAACACUUUAUUUUUGGAAUCACUUUUCGUUGAAAGUGUACGGAGUAAUUAUUGUAAUUUACAGUUUUUUUUUUCGUGAAAUAGGUUUCUAAACUUUAUUUGUCACUGACACUACAGUCAAGGCAUCAGUGACCACGCCACUUGCAAGAGGCAAUCAAAAUGACCAACAAUAAUUAUGGUAAAUAUUCUUUUUUACAUAUAGAUCAUAGUUCUUCCUGUUAGUGAAAUGGGACAUUGAAGAAUAAAGCUAGUAAAUAUUAUUGUGUAGUUAUAUUAUAAGUGUACUUUUUUUGUUUGAUAGUAGCAUUACGUGUGGAGAGAAAUAAAAACAAUAUAAGUUUAAUAGUUUUGAAACCGAAGGGAUUUUUAUUUUAUUUAUUAUCUCUUAUAACUCUAAGAUUGUGUUAAGAGUUUGUAUACCCGUAUUAGAUUAUUUUUGGAAGGGCGUGACAGGUGUAAGUAUAAUAGUAGAAAGUCCAAAACAUUGCCAACAACCUUUAAAGAAAAAAGUAAAAUUUAGUUUUUAUUCUUUAUUAAAUGAGUUAUGAAAUACGAAAAUCGACAUCAUAUAAUUAUUUUUUCUCUGUGUAUAACCAUUUAAUUACUUCAGGUAUCACAAUUGAUUAGUUUAUGUCAAUUUAUUGUAAAAAAAAGUUUAUAUUUUGUCUGGUCGGAAUGUUUUCUUGUCUAUCUGUGUAAUACCGCUAGGUUCACUUCACUCGUCUUGUUGUCUGUAAGAUAGUUUUAAAGUAUUAAUAAUAAAACGAUGUUUGUUAAAAAGUUUUAGAUGAAAUAUAAGAUGAAUUUGUUUUAA